AUGAGUGUGAGGGUGAGUGAGAGGAGGUCACCAGCCAUCGCGUUGGUGGCAGCUGGACAGCCCGAGGUGUGGAAGAGGACCAGAGUUAGCAAGAGCGCGGAGAUCACCUGUGGGGAGCAGCAGGGCCCAGCCAGUGGCUUCUCCAGUGUGGCCUCAACAGCUCCGGGGGGAUGGGCUCAGCUGCCCACCUCCAAGGACCCUGUGGAGACUGGACGCCUUGGGAGAAAGGACCAAGUUUUUAGGAUUAACGUCAGAAAUGGAGACGAGAUCAGCAAACUAAGUCAGCUAGUGAACUCAGACAACUUUAAGCUUGACGUUUGGAAAGCUCCUUCCACCUUCAGUCGUCUUGUGGAUGUCCUGGUCCCAUCUGUCAGCCUGCAGCCCGUCAAAUCCUUCCUGAAGUCCCAGGGCUUAGAGUACUCGGUGACAAUCGGAGACCUGCAGGCCCUUUUAGAUCACGAAGAUGAAGAAAUGCAACACAAUGAAGGGCAAGAGCGAAGCGGUAAUAACUUCAACUAUGGGGCCUACCAUUCCCUGGAAGCGAUUUAUCAUGAGAUGGAUAGCAUUGCUGGAGAUUUUCCUGAUCUGGCGAGCAGAGUGAAGAUUGGGCAUUCAUUUGAAAACCGGUCCAUGUAUGUACUGAAGUUCGGCACUGCAGAAGGCGGGCGGCGGCCGGCCGUUUGGCUGAACGCAGGCAUCCAUUCCCGGGAGUGGAUCUCGGUGGCCACAGCGAUCUGGACUGCGAGGAAGAUUGCAUCUGAUUACGGGAAGGACCCAACCAUCACCUCCGUCUUGGAGAAAAUGGAUAUUUUCUUGUUGCCUGUGGCCAAUCCUGACGGAUAUGUGUACACACAAACUCAAAACCGAUUAUGGAGGAAGACACGGUCCAUAAAUCCUGGAAGCCGUUGCGUUGGUACUGAUCCAAACAGAAAUUGGAAUGCUAGUUUUGCAGGAGAGGGAGCCAGUGACAACCCUUGCUCUGAAAUAUACCACGGACCCCAUGCCAAUUCGGAAGUGGAGGUGAAGUCGGUGGUAGAUUUCAUCCAAGAACAUGGGAAUAUCAAAUGCUUCAUCGACUUGCACAGCUACUCACAGCUGCUGAUGUAUCCGUAUGGAUACACAGUGAAGAAGGCCCCAGAUGCUGAUGAGCUGGACAAGGUGGCGAGGCGUGCGGCCAAAGCUCUGGCUUCCCUGUCGGGCACGACGUACCAAGUGGGUCCUACCUGCACCACUGUCUAGCGAAUGAUCCAAGAGAGCGCGGUGGAAGCCACAGUGUUUCUGGUCUAGCCUUGAAGGCCACACACCAUCAUUUCUGUAGCCGCCUGUCAGUUACCCAGGACAGGUCAGCCCUACUCACUGUCGGAGUGCACUGUACAAGGAUGUGAAGACCAGGAGACAAGGAUCACUGGGGCUGUCUCGGGGGCUGCCUAUCAUACUCUGUGCAGACUGGUUCUGAGUGACCUGAAGGAGUCUCCACAGUGAGUUAGUGACAAGACCCAGCUAGUGGGAGCAGCGUUGACUGGGCAUACGAUAAUGGCAUCAAGUAUGCGUUCACGUUUGAGUUGAGAGAUACCGGCCACUAUGGCUUCCUCCUACCAGCCAACCAGAUCAUCCC